AUGAAUUCCUCACUCCCAAACGAGAACAAGGAAAAGGCUCCUCAACAUACAAAUGGCCCCCAAAUUGUGCCUGCCGCAGCACCUUCAUCUGGUUCCAAUUCCAGCAAAGGUGCGGCUGGUCCAUCGAGCCAGUAUGUGGUUGGGGUUCCACCACAACAAGCCGUGGCUCCUACUUGGUCAACUGGUCUUUUUGAAUGUUUUGAUGAUAUCCCUACCCUUAUCAUAACCGCUUUUGCUCCUUGCGUUACAUUCGGGCAAAUCGCAGAAAUGGUCGAUAGGGGACAAAACAGUUGCGGUUUAUACGCUUUGCUUCAUGCUGGGAUACUAUACUUCACGGGGUGUGGGUGUUUGUUAUCAGCAUACUAUAGGAUCAAAAUGAGCCAUUUAUAUAAGUUGCCCGAUGACCCGAUCAUUAACAUUCUUGUUCAUCUGAUUUGUGAGCCGUGUGCCUUGUGUCAAGAGUACCGUGAGCUUCAGGCUCGCGGAUUCAACAUGCAACUUGGUGUUGGGUGGCGCAACCAGUCUCCGGAGAUUCAACAAAGCGGUGGUCACACGGUGCCACCCAAGGUUCCUGAGGGAAUGACUCGUUGA